AUACAAAAAUAAUAAGAAUCGAAAUAUUACAUAAACAUUUUGUGAAGAUUAAAAAUCCAGUUUUUUAUGUAGAGCAAAGACCUGCUGUGAAAUACAAAUAUGUCUACUGAAUUAGUCUUUACAAAAGAUAGCUACAAAGGUGUAGUGUUAGACACAUCACAUCAGGAGCUUGGCCCAGAUGAAUUUGUUGAGAAGUUGAAAGAGGCCAUUGUUCAAUGGAAAACAGAAGGAAAAAGAGGACUUUGGCUGAAAGCUCACAAGGAACAAUGCAUUGUUAUACCAAAAAUAAUAGAAUUGGGAUUUGACUUCCAUCAUGCUAAACCUGGCUACGUAUGUCUGACAAAAUGGCUUUCAGAGGAUGUUCCCAACCAUAUACCUGGCUAUGCUAAUCAUUACCUUGGUGUGGCAGGUUUUGUUGUCAAUGACCAGAAUCAAAUACUUGUGAUAAGAGAGGUAUUCACUAUACAAAACCGCGUGUCUGUGUGGAAGUUACCUGGUGGUUUAGCUGAUGCUGGGGAAGAAAUCAAGACAACAGCAAUAAGGGAGGUAAGGGAGGAAACAGGAAUAGAAACCGAGUUUGUUUGUGUGAUAGCCUACAGACACCUGCACAACUACAGACACGGGUGCUCAGAUUUCUACCAUGUUUGUCUCAUGAGGCCUCUCACCACGGAAAUCAAGGCUUGUCCAGUGGAGAUCCAGGACUGUCAGUGGAUGGAUUUGAAUGAGUAUGAAAACCUAGAUGGUACAUCAGAUGUGAAUAGAUUCUUUGUACAGAAAUAUCGUGAAAUGAUUUCUACAGGAUAUGGUAUAGCAGCCGGUACAGUGUUGUCUUAUGAUAAAAAGUCUUUAAAUACUGUGUACAGUGUAGGUAAAAUUGAUCAAGUUAAUAAUGUAUAACUAUAAUCAAAUGUCUAGAAAACUGUGAUUCUGGUUUUAACCACAUUUUUAUUAAGUAAAGUAAGCAAGCAUAGUUAGAGAUUUUAUAGGAUAUUUUCUUGAAUACUAUACUAGUUUCAAAUAGUGUAGCACAUUUUUAUACAGUUGUGACUAAUCAAAUUAGAUGAUAAUUAAAUUAAUCUGUAUAGGAACAGAUUGUGUGGUAUAGUAUUUAAAUUACAUUUUUACUCAGAUGUUAAUGUACUACUAUAUUUGUACACUGUGACUAAUAGUAAUACUAAUAAAAUCAGAUGAUAAUGUAAUCUAUAUACUAGAAACAGCUUGUGUGAUAGAAUUUUAAGUUACAUUUUUACUCACCUGUUAAUGUACUGUAAUUGUCUUGUUUUUCUUACAUUGUUAGUGUAACAUUUAUGUACUGUUUUGUAAAUGGGCAAAAGAUUAUACAAUGUAAUUUUGCUUAUGUGUGAUACAAUAAUAUUUUGUGCCUUAAUUAAUUUGAAAUUAAAAAACAUUGCAGGUUUUUCUAAUUAAGGCUGUGUAGAUUUUUCUUUUAAAUUUUGGUGGUUUAAAAAAGUUU